AUAGAUCAUUCAAAGCCUCAUUGUCGUCGCGUAUUGAACGAGCGAGUUAACGAGGUUUCUGUAAGGCGCAGCGCAGAAAAAAGCUAUCACUGAGAAAACAACUCAUUAAAAGGGACUAUCGAAAGUGAAAAUAAAUUAAUGGAAUAAGUGAGAAAAGUGCUAAUUAAAAUAUUUUUAGUAGAACGAAGUGCGAUCUGUUAAAAUUUGCAAACAAGUAAAAAAAAAGAAAAAAAUUUCAAAACUGUGCAAAAAGCUGUAACUUAGAACAAAAUGUUUAUUCAGAAAAUGUUCGAUCAUGCCACACACUCAGAGUUAUGGAGUUUUGCAGCGCUACUGGCCAUCGCACUGUCCAUCUAUAGUUUAUGGGAUUAUAUCAAAUCAGUGUUGCUCUCACUGAAACUAUCAGGACCGGAAGCAUUACCCAUACUUGGCAAUUGCUUGAUCAUAAAAGAAAAGGACAUGCUUGCGAAACGCGUGGCAACAGCUUUUGGUCUAUAUGGUCCCCUAAUACGUAUUUGGGUUCUACUUUUCCCGUUCUUUGCCGUGCUGCAACCAGAUGAUUUGCAAGUCAUACUCUCUUCAAAAAAACACACGGAGAAAGUGUUCAUCUACCGACUGAUGCACAAUUUCCUGGGGAAAGGACUUAUAACGAGUAGUGGCGAAAAGUGGAACGCUCAUCGAAAGUUCAUACAACCCAUGUUUCAUUUGACGAUUCUGGAACGCUUCAUUGGCACAUUCGCGGACGCCUCACAAACGCUUUUCGAGAAUUUGCAUGUAUCCGCCAAUCAAGAAGUUAAUAUCGCCAAAUAUAUCAACAAUUGUGUCAUAGACAUUUUAAAUGAAGCGGUUCUGGGUGUACCGGUGAAGCGACAAGGCGCUUUGGUGGAUAUGGAGCAAUCACCAUUCAGGCAAGGGAAAGUGGUAGUCAACGAACGUUUCUUGCAGCCGUGGCUGCUCUUUGAGAGCGUUUACAAGUUUACAAAAAUCGCGUCAGAGGAACUCGACCAAAAGAAACGUCUCGACCAAUUUACACGUAAAAUGAUCAAGCGCCGCCGUGAUAUGAUUGCAGGUGGAAGUUUUAUCGUACGCAAGUGUCUACUGGAUUAUAUGAUCGAAAUAUCGAAUAACAAUGCGGAUUUCACCGAAGAUGAUAUAGUAGAUGAGGCCUGCACAUUUAUGCUUGCCGGGCAAGAUUCCGUUGGCGCUGCAGUUGCCUUCACACUCUUCCUACUCGCUCAAAACCCCGAAUGUCAAGAGAAAUGCGUUGAGGAAAUCAACGAUAUUUUUAUGGACGACCAGCGCGCACCGACUAUGAAUGAUUUGCGAGAUAUGCGCUACGUGGAGAUGUGUAUUAAGGAGGCCUUGCGCUUAUGCCCCAGUGUGCCUUUAAUGGCACGUAAGUUGGGCGAAGAAGUGCAUUUGGGAAAAUAUACACUUCCCGCUGGUAGCAAUAUAUUUAUUUGUCCUUAUGCCACCCAUCGUUUGCCACACAUUUACCCCGACCCUGAGAAAUUCGAUCCCGAACGCUUCUCACCACAAAACAUGGAAACACGUCACCCAUAUGCCUACAUACCGUUCAGUGCGGGACCCCGCUACUGCAUUGGUAAUCGCUUUGCCAUUAUGGAAAUGAAAACCGUUGUCUCGCGUUUAUUGAGAAGUUAUCAGCUGCUGCCAGUGCCCGGCAAGACCUCCUUCAAUGCCACAUUUCGCAUCACACUUCGUGCCUCAGGUGGUUUAUGGGUGCAUUUAAAGCCCCGCGAAAAUCCUCUCGUCGAUUAUAGCAGUUAAGAAAGGGGCUUUUAGACCCUAUAUUUGAGGUAUUAUAACAUUUUAGCUACGCUAGUUGUAGUUCUAGUUAAACAAAUGCGGGGAUUCCUCGCGUCCAAACCCAAUAGCUAUAAAGUAUUUAUAUGUACAUAUAUGUAAGUAGGUUUAUAUGAAAUCGUAAAUGUUAAAGCAUUUCUAGGUAAGUGUAUCGAUGCCAAAACAAAUGCAAUUGUUCACAAAUUUUAGACCUUAAUUUUAAGUAUUAUCUAAGACUUGUAUUGUUGUUAUAAUAAAUAACUAAUUGGCAUGACACAAAAUAAAACUAAAUAUUACUAAUAUAGACUUAA